GUUUAUGAAGUGCGUUAGCGCGGUACGAUCGAUCGAUCAAGGGUCGCGGUGUCUUUUCGCUGAUCCAUGAUCACAUCUGGUGACGCGUAUGCCACCACAGCCGCCACAGGAAGGAAGGAGAUCGCAAUAGCACUCUCACGUCGCCCAAGAGCUGUUGCGGAUCGAAAGACUUGGCCGUCGGUGUAGCGACGAACCUGCUCGGAUCGACGGUGCGGGAAUUUGACGUUGUUGAAAAGUGCCGACUGGCACGGCGUACGAUCGAGGGUUGGGGCAGCUUACGUGCGCGCUCUUACGGCGCGUGCACGGUGGACGUUAACCGGACGGAACCACUCGGAGGCCCACAGUCGCACGUCGUGAGUGCCAUCGGUAGCAUCUCGCGCGAGGAGAAACGCAGCUCAUCUCGGACAGUGUAGAGUUUUAAGUUGUUGUGUUUGUAUACUCGUACGUGAUAAUAGUGCGUCGUUCGUGGCUGGUGUAAAGGGUUAUGUACAUUCAUUCACUCGGUGACACGAUCAGUGAGUCUCAUUAUGCGCGAUAAGCUGCUACUAGUGAUCGGUGCGUGCUGCGCGCUUGCCUAUCUUCAGGUGGCCAGGACGCAGCAGAGUGAUUAUGAAAUCGAUUACGAUGAGGAGGGCUUUUGGAUUGGCCACGGGCUAGGCAACCGCAAAGAAGGUGACGAAAUCCUGAAGGUGCUGCACAAAUCGGUCGGUCCAUUCGUGGAGCCGCAAAACGUUACCGUCGUAGAGAAGUUUACUGCAGCGGAUGGUGAAAGUAUUACGUUCACACAAUUCAACUCCUCUAAGGUACUCACAUACUUUCACGAGGUGGUAUUGGACUUCAAUCCGAAAAACUUCUACAUCCGGCUGAAACUGUUUAAUAUAACCAGCCUUCGACUGCAGCGAACAGUGUAUGGGUUUCGAUCGAACGCAAUCAAACCGGAUGUAAGCUAGAAAUGCUCCUAUUAAGCCAUUUUGCGCAGCGACCCAUUAGAAAUUAGUGUCUGCUUUCUUUAAUAAGUUAUCUGUAGGUACUGUAUUAAUUAAGCUAGUGAAUAAGGAAUAAAACCAAAAAUCUCUUACAUCACUCACUA